AUGGGGGAUAUCCGACAAUUAAAUGAAGCGUUCAACGCUGCAAAUGAGUUUUUGAGCCCUGAGCUCCAGAAGUUCCGCGGAAGCUCCAUUUUGGAGAUCUUGGGCAAGGGCAUUCCUGAUGCUGUCUUAGAUGACAGUUCUAUACGAAAAACAGUCAUCAGCAAAGCGUUGGAUAUACUUUCUCGCAUUCAUAGAGCAUUUGUCGCCCCUGUAAAUGAUACGAAAGAAUUCUGCCAGAGUAGCCAAAAGACAGAGGAUUCUGCCUUAGAAGAUGCAAAGCGCCGUCGAAUGCUUCAUGCACUUCUGGACUUGAUUUCGCUGGAGGGCAUCUAUCCGUCACUUUCAUCGGGAGUGGGUAUACCACUUCAGCAGCGAAUGAUUUCUGUGCUUCCUACUGGUGUUAUUGCGCAAGAACAGAAAGUCGCGCAUGACUCAUCCCGAAACGAGCUACUUCUAGACAAUAUAUUGUCAACUCUUUCUGAUAUUCUCUUCGAUGCACGGCCUAGCAUACAACCUGUGAUCCGUGGUCGAAUUUUAAGUGAUAUCAUCAGCGCAGCCGCAGACUUAGCCUUCAAUUCAGUGUCCCUGCAAAAUGAAAGAAAGGAAUGGAAUCGGAAUUUAUUUAUGAGAGUCAUAGAAGAUACCCCAUGCCCAGUUUUGUUGUCAACACUGUCGACUUUCCUUCAGGCUGAUCCAGCUCCAUGGUUUAAAAAUAUAAUAUCUACUCAACUCUCGCGAAUUCCUUUGCGACAUGAUGGGGUUUUGCAAACAAUACUUUUUCUGGCCUCGCAAUUUAGCCCCUCGCUAGGAAAUGAAGCAAAUGCGCAGGCUUCCACUGGCCCUCAUUUCACCGUACAAGCAAUCAUGCAAAAUUCUCGCUUAUUAUCCUCAGUGCCCCAGGAGAUGGAUCCAGUCUACUACUUCUCUACAAUUGCACCGCAGUUAUUAUCGCUGAUCGAUGGUGAAGAUCCGGAUCUGAGGAAGACUGCGGCCUAUGUGGUCGGCAAUGGGAUUCUAGGCAAGCGCCAAUAUGGAGCCCCUGGGACAAUAGGCUAUUCAAUAUUUUUGGAGCCUAUCUUCAAGACACUUACUGCAGAACUUGACGAUUCCUCCAGAUCCUGGAUGAGACCACCAGGUGGCACAGAUCAAAACUUGCCGGAACAAGUUCUGGUCAGUGAAUCUAUGCUUUUUCUGGUGGUUAAUAGACUGGGAAGCUUAGUCCUCCAGCCUCCGAAUCCAGGGCUUGUGAAGAGGGCAAUUUAUCCGAUACUCGUUCCUCUGUGGGGCUUAGCUUGUUUUGCUUUGGAGCAGCAGCACCUCACCCUUCACGAAAAGAUUAUGACAGUGUUGCGGACAUACUUUGGUAUAUCUGUGGGAUCCAAUCCACUCAAGAAGUUAGUGGAUAAUCUACUCUGGGAUGGGGGUCCCUCUUGGACAUACGCUCUUAAGUUACGUAAUGAGGUGUCACUAGUGAAACGCGAAAGUAAAACGUCAGGGGCAUUUAAUUUUGUCGGGCUGAUGGAUACACUUCAGUCUCGAACAAAGCUAUUUGUGAGUUUGCUUGGAGCCGAUCCCAGCACGGAAGAACGAACUGGAGAUAUUUUCUUGUAUGUGAGCGAAAAUUGGCUCACGCAAUCUCCGUCUGAUGGCCAAUCAUUAAAUAAGCUGCAAUUCCCUCAGGAGAAUGACGGCUCGGCCGACAUACUGAAGAAGGUUGUCAGUGCAAAGCUUUCAGAAACACUUCUAGAAAACUUCAAGGAUGUUCUUUCUCGCCGUCCUCUCAGGGUUCUCGAACUCAUCAAGCAGAUUGUGGACGGUGAACUCAACAGCUCGCAUAUCCAAAGAAAAAAGGCCAUGUCUCAAAAGUCAGGGAAAAUCUCUCUUUCCUCACUGACCAAUAUUGUGUUGUCGGAGGAUGCUGAGCGAGAAGAAAGUACAACUGGGUUAGAUUCAGCAGAAUCAUUGCCGGAAGUUUUCAGCUUACUAUCUACUGUUCUCGCCUCUCCAGAGUUUAUUGCAUCAAAAGAAAAUCUACCGGUCCUGGAAAGUAUCAAAGCAAAACUGGACGAACUAAUUCCACACCUCCCAUCAUCAAUAGCGAAGUCGGGGAUGACCGCCUCUAUGCUUUUAGAAAUCAACAUUGCAUCCCCAGCGGAACAAGGACGCGAGAAAUUAUCAUCUGAGAUUUCUGAUUUUGAAACUCAUCGUCGAGCUCUGACCAAUCUUAAUUCCGAUCUUCCUCCAGUACAAGCCGAGGGAUUCUCCCUUCUCUCUGAUCUGGUCAAGAAGGCGUCGCCAGUACUUGAUAUCCCAUCCACCUUAAACCUCCUCCUCUCUAUCCUCCUGGAAUCAUCUGAAACCGCUUCCAACGAUGAGUUUAUUUACCUAAAUGCCAUAAAGCUCGUCGGCACAUUGGCGUCACGACAUCCACGAACGGUUAUAAAGACGCUCGUUGAGCGUUAUACAGACAAAGACGAAACAGUUACGCUUGACCAGAGAUUAAAAAUUGGCGAAUCGCUAUUACUCACCGUACAGGACCUUGGUGAAGCCUUGACUGGAGACAUCGGAAAAGUUCUAGGUGACGGCAUGAUAACUGUGGCCGGACGACGAGCACGCAAACCCCAAGCACAAAAGGCUCGGAACCAACAACUUGAAAAAGAAAGACGACAAAGGGAGCACGAAGAGCGCCAGAAAAAAGGGCCCUCUAUGCCGGAAGGCUGGAAACUGUCUUCUCCCGCGCUUAUUCCAACAGCACAAGAAGACGAGGAUGAAGACUCAGAGUCCACUGAGCAAGCCGCAUAUUCCGCAAACAUUAUCUCGGCAUGGGCAGCGGGUGCGACAUCAGAUGAGGAACCUGAUGAUUUACGCGUUCGAGCCUCAGCAUUAUCCAUUCUAGCCACAGUAGUCCAAGCUAACAUUGCUGGCCUUGGCCCCUCGGUUAUCUCCUCAGCAGUUGAUCUAGCCCUUUCAACUCUGACCUUAGAACCUGAGCCAGAGUCCGCGAUCAUCAGACGAGCAAGCGCUAGCCUGCUUCUCGAUAUCCUGAAGGCUCUCGAUACUGCACAAGAAAAACGUCGGAACAAAGGCGUAGGCUUCGGCUUCUCGCUUUCCGACGAAGGGGGAAACAACAGUUUUCAGAGCACUGAGAAUAUAAACAUUAGAGGACCCACAACUAUCGGAAAUAUACCCUAUAUGCUUCGCACAUUGGCCUUCGUGGAGAGCCGCGAGACAGAUACCAUUGUCAGAGGCCACAUUCGUGUGCUUAUCGAGAGCUUAGAUGCUUGGCUGGAGAAGUCCCUGUUAUGGGAAAUUGGCGCCCAUGGAGGGAGUGAUGGGAACGAACCAAGACUGGAAUUGGGCGAUAAUCUUGCUGGUCUUCGUAUUGAUCCCUUGGCAAGUAAAAACAAAGAUACUCGUCCUAGGAUUGAGGAGAUUGAGUGA